CGGAAGUAGUUACGGAGUUCGUCCGAGACGCCGCGGUCUGAGGUGUGCUUUUCCCCCGUUUUCUGCGCUCGCUGACCCUGCCGUCGCCAUGGGGAAGCGACAGCACCAGAAGGACAAGAUGUACAUCACUUGUGCUGAAUACACUCACUUCUAUGGCGGCAAGAAACCGGAUGUCCCACAAACAAACUUUCGCCGUCUGCCUUUCGACCACUGCAGUCUCUCUCUGCAGCCCUUCGCCUACCCGGUGUGCACUCCUGAAGGUGUCGUCUUUGACUUGCUGAACAUCAUUCCUUGGCUUAAGAAGUACGGGACCAACCCCAGCAACGGAGAGAAACUGGAUGGGAGGUCCCUGAUCAAGUUGAACUUUGCGAAGAACAGUGAAGGGAAGUACCACUGCCCAGUGCUCUUCACCGUGUUCACCAACAGCAGCCACAUCGUGGCCAUCAAGACCACUGGCAACGUCUACGCCCACGAGGCGGUGGAGCAGCUGAACAUCAAGGCCAAGAACUUCCGAGACCUGCUGACGGACGAGCCCUUCUGCCGACAGGACAUCAUCACCCUGCAGGAUCCCACCAACUUGGACAAAUUCAAUGUUUCCAAUUUCUUUCAUGUUAAGAAUAACAUGAAAAUAAUCGACCCAGACGAGGAGAAGGCCAAGCAGGACCCGUCUUACUAUUUGAAAAACACAAACACGGAGACGCGAGAGACGCUGCAGGAGCUCUACCGGGAGUUCAGAGGGGACGAGGUGCUGGCGGCCACCAUGAGGGCCCCCGCGAAGGCGAAGGCGGACAAGCUGAACGCCGCCCAUUACUCCACCGGGAGGGUCAGCGCCUCCUUCACGUCCACCGCCAUGGUUCCCGAGACCACGCACGAAGCAGCGGCCAUUGACGAGGACGAGCUGCGCUACCAGUUCGUGAAGAAGAAGGGCUACGUGCGGCUGCACACCAACCUGGGCGACCUCAACCUGGAGCUGCACUGCGAUCUGACCCCGAAAACCUGUGAGAACUUCAUCAGGCUCUGCAAGAAACAGUACUACGACGGCACCGUCUUCCACCGGUCCAUCCGCAACUUCGUGAUCCAGGGAGGCGACCCAACGGGCACUGGCACAGGCGGGGAGUCGUGCUGGGGGAAGCCCUUCAGAGAUGAGUUCCGGCCCAACCUCUCGCACACGGGCCGCGGGGUGCUCAGCAUGGCCAACUCGGGGCCCAACACUAACAAGUCUCAAUUCUUCAUCACCUUCCGUUCCUGCGCCUACCUGGACAAGAAGCACACCAUCUUCGGGCGGGUUGUUGGGGGCUUUGACACACUGACGGCCAUGGAGAAUGUGGAGAGUGACCCCAAAACUGACCGUCCUAAGGAGGAGAUCCGUGUCGACUCCACCAUUGUGUUUGUGGACCCCUAUGAAGAGGCUGAUGCUCAGAUCGCUGAGGAGCGCAAGAAGACUCGGCUGGAGGCAGCGGCCCCCGAGAGCAUGGCCAAGAGCAGCCGGCCCCCACAGGGGAGCCAGGGCCCCCAGACGUACCGCCAGGGGGUGGGCAAGUACAUCAGCCCGGCAGUCACGAAGCGGGUAGCAGAGGAGGAGCCAUCCACCAGCGCAGGUGUCCCCGUGGCCAAGAAGAAGCCCAGCCGCGGCUUCGAGGACUUCAGCUCGUGGUAGCAGCCGCUGCUGCACCGGAUCCGGGUGUCCUCUUCCCCCGAGGAGCCACAGAGCCCGUCCUUCCCACGUCGCCCCCUGCAGCCCUCCCCCUGGACACACCCCCUCGGCUUCCAGAAGCACCACAGACGCUCAGGACAGCUGCCUCCCAGCACCACCUCCGCUCUUGCUGGGAGGCCCACAGCCUCCCUGCUGCCCUCGCCCGCUCUCAGCACUGAGCUCCUGGGUCAGCACGGCUGCCCCCCCUGCCAGGCUCCGUGCCCACUUCUGUCCGGUCUCUCCUCACCCGAAGCCUCACGGCAGCAAGUGCAGCCGGCUCUUGCUUCCAGAAGGUACUGUGGCUCUUCCCGUCUCUGUUGCUGGGCCCCGGGCCCACAGGUCCACACACACAGUGGCGCCUCCCCCGCUCGAGGCCCACUGGGACUCCUCUGGGGCCUGCGACUGUCUGCGGGACCUGGGUUCCACAGGGACUGUCCUGCCCCACGCCUGCGGCCAGGCCGCCCUCCCCGUGUCUUCAGGACCCGGCGCCAGCUCCUCCUUGGCUGGGAAUCGCUGGGCGGCUCACUUAGUCCUUGGGAGCCGGGGUCACGGGUAGGUGGUGUGCGGGGCGCCCUGCCCGCAGCAGCUCUCGAGGAGGCCACCGUGGGCCCCUCGCUGCCCUGCCAGACCACCAGACCAUCAGUGCUACUGACCAGGAUGCAGUAAACAUUGCAAGCUUUAUUUUGGAAGCUCAGACAGCACGGAGGGCCAGACACGGGCGGUCCUGCUUUGGGAGCACGCCUUUGGGCUGGCCUGGGCUUCUGUCCAUCCAUCCGUCCAUCCAGCGGCCGGGCCCACCUGCCCUGACGGAAGGCCAGCCACCCCAGGCUGAAGACCCACAGCUCCACAGAGGGGACGCCCGCGCAGAGCCUCUGACAAGGGAGGGUUUAUGUCUAAGCUGAAAUUGUACUUCUCUAGAUGUUAAAAACAUUCAGAUUGUGUGAGUCCCUGCUGAGGGCAUCAGGUAAAGUAAAGGACUUA